CCCCUGUGCCCUCUGAAAAAGUGCUUGGGAGGGCUGGGGAAUCUUCUAGAAUAGCAUGAGAGGUAGCCUGCCUGGUGAAUCAGCGAAAUGGCUUCCCAUUCUUCUUCUUGCUGGAUUACAGUCGUUUGGGAGGAUCCAACUCAGGAUCCAGCCUAGGAUGGAUGUAAGGGGGCACAGAGAUAUUGCAAGAAAUGGUAAAGAUGUUCUGGUUUCAGAGCUGGACACUGCAGCUGGCAAAAUGCUCAAGUGCACUCCGAAGAAUGUGUGACACUAGUGCCAAUUUACCGGUAUUAACGUUGUUCACCAAGAACCCAUGCCCCUUGUGUGAUGAAGCCAAAGUAGUCCUUGAACCAUAUAAACACAAGUUUAUUUUGCAGGAAGUGGACAUAACCCUUCCAGAUCAUUCAGCUUGGUUUGACAAGUAUAAAUAUGACAUACCCGUUUUUCAUUUGAAUGGAAAAUUUCUCAUGAAACAUCGAGUGGAUAUACAAAAACUAAAGAAUCAGCUGUUGCAACUAGAGCUGCAAGAUAAUAGCUUCAGGUGAAGAAAAACUAAGCUUCUCAACAGUGGACUGAUUUACAAAUAAAACCAUAUAUUAACUGCAUGAUUUUCUUGAAAUUCAAUUUACAUGUUUAAUAAAGCCCUUUAGACUUCAGAGCAAUACACACCCUACUAUCUCUGGCUACUAAAUGACUUGACUUUUUAAUAGAUAACAAAGACUAUUUCUCACUGAAAGAUCGGCCUCCAUGUUGUUAAUAUGUUUUCAUUGAGAAUGAAGCCAAGGGAGAAUUAUGUAUCUCUAUACUGCUCCACACAAUGCACUUCUACAUCUUAUGCUCAAAGUGGAAAAGAGAAUAUAUGUAGUACAUGAAAAGGAACAUUCUUCAUGAAAGAUAUUUACUUGGGAUCUUAGAAUAUCACAACUUUUCAGAUACCUGACAUGUUAUAUAGCACUAAUAUCUAUGUAAACAUGGAAAUUUAUUAGGGAAAUCUAAGGUCUUUGGGGUUCAUACUAAUAUCUACAUUAGCUCAGAAGUAUGUUUAUAAAAAUUGAACCUACAUGAUGCCACUUCUCCCUGAAAUAAAAAAUUAAACC